AUGUCUUUUCUGUCAACAAUCUUGACCUCCCGGGGCUUUGGUGAUAAAUUACGAGAAAUUCAGGUCCAGAUUCUCAAUCCUAAGCCUGAGCCAGGCACAGCGAUUGUCAGAGACUGGAUCCUUACAAGCGCUGAAGCGAUUUACAUGGAAGAAAUACAAGUACUUAUGGAAAAGGAGAGCGGGCUUCACAUGAAUGCCGCCCACCUUCACCCGGCACAGCUUGAAGACGGAAAAAUUAGCACACUGAAGUCAUUAUUCGAAUCUAAGGCACCAGCAACUUGGGCCCUGAUCAACCACUUACUUACUAAAGGUGUGGUAAUCAUGUCGAUUAUCACGAAUAGUUGCAAUGGUCAUUGCAACGCUUUGCAAGUCAAAAAUUCCUUCUAUUUGGCCGCUUCAAAUGCAUCGAAAUCAGUGUGUGCAUGGGCUGCCCACUGCGGACUUGCAGUCUCCCUUUCGGCCAGUGAGAGGCUUCGGAUAUCUCUGAUAAUCAAUCAGAAGGCCUUGAAUAAAAGACUUGGACCCACCUGCGUCACCAACAUCGCGUAUGACAACUGCGACUUCAAGUUUAGUGUCGGCCAGCCAACGGACCUCAAAGAUCGGACAUUUGAGAGUAUCACGACGGGGCUGUUUUUUGCGCCGCCCAAGGAAGUGCUGCCUCAGCACUUAGAAUAUGCCCAAUGGUUAUGGGAUACUCACCCAAACAACCCGAUGGCCAUAAACAUCGCACCCACCAUCAACCCCACCGACGCAAUACUGAUGAGUGAAGCCUCAUUCAAUUUGCCACCACGUAAAAUGGAGUUCUCAACAGCAGAAGCUGUGUAUGCGAAAGCAUCCACCAUUGAUGGGAACAUCGAGGCAAUAACAUCGCUUCUUGAUCAAAGCGGUAUUGCGAAAGGAGUGUUUGAGAAAUAUGUCGUCCUUAUUCAUGGGGAUCUUGGGACGAUGGAGAAGAUCGAGGCGAUCUUGAACUCGCGGCAGAUUGAAGAAGAUGUGUUCGAACGAAUGCACUAUCUUCUACCUAUACCAGGACUCUUUCAUGUCAGAAUGGCAUGUGUCGAUGCAAUAAAUAGGAUUUAUGCAACAGGGGAUGGCUUACGAAGUGACCCGAAUGGGCUUUACAAGCACCUAUGCUUGCUUUUCCCAAAUGACCUUUCCAAAUUGAACAAACCAGUCCCACCUUUUCGGAUGCUGAAUGACGGAUUACACUAUGUUACACAGUGUAUGAUUCUUGAUGCGUGGGCAGAGAGUUUGGGAGGCAACAUCAAAGGAUUUGUGACUUCCGAGCCGACCUUGGAAAAGAUCAACCAACAUGCGGAGGAAAUCACAAGGGCGCACUUUGGAUCCAAACGAAAUAACGUUAUGAAUCAGGAAGAUCGAGAUCAAAGAAGGGAGAACCAACUCACAUUCAACCGAGAUGCGAUGUACUACCGCAUCCUCGUGCAUGCAAUGAACUAUGGAAUGGUUGACGUAAUAAUCGAUGUCCUUGCAUUCUGGGUUCCACUCUUCCAAGCAAGCGGAAAACAUAAAUAUGCAACAUACCUUUCAAGGUUUCUUUCCAGACUGCGACAUUACCCACAACCACUCCAAGAAGCUGUUAAGAGGUGCUGGCUGUGUAACCCCUCGGGGAAAAGGGGGGGAUUUCGGGCAAUCGACUGGCAAGUGGAAUUGAUGAAUCUUUACACAAAGGUUGUCUACUCAGGCACAGGAUCUGGAAAAACAAUAGAAUACAUCGUUAGUCAAUCAUCAAUAAUUCAGGCUUAUCGGACGUGCAUUGAAGAUGUUGAGGAAGAUUACCACAUACCUGACAAGACCCUUCGCCAUGCAACUCCUGACAUAGAAUCCAGAUUGGUCGCUAUUCGACAUGAACUUCGUAACCUUCGACCUCACAAAUAUGUAAAGGGACGCGCCUCACGUACUUUAAUAGAAGACCACAUUCAGAAGGGUCUUGAACUAUUCCAACGUGGCACAACGCGGGGGUCAAGCAACAUGAAUCAACUGGAAUCAAUGGAUGAGACCUAUGAGACUUACGAAAUUGAGGCAGAUGACUUGGCAGUUUGA